AUGUCCUUGCAACCCUCACAAAACAUAGCAUCAGAACCGAGCUUUUUACCUAAUUCAUGUCAUCCUUGUCUUCCCCCCCUCCCAGCUUCAUUCCGAGCCAAACUACCCGACCAGUCCAUCGAAUUCGACUUUCUCGAUGGACCCUUUGAAAGCACAGCCGCGCCCGGCAUCGACCUCUUCUACGAUGGGCCCUACUACUCAUGGUGGACCGGCGACACCGUCGAAGAUGUCCGAGCCGCGGUCGCCCGACUCAACAGCCACAUCGCCCAACAUGGACCCUACGACGCCGCCCUGAUGUUCUCCCAAGGCUGCGUGCUCGGGUCCGCAGCCCUACUCCUCCACCAGGAAGAAACGCCCCAUCUCCCACCACCCUUCAGAUCAGCCAUCUUUAUCUGCGGUGGCCCCUCGAUGCCCGUCCUCGAAGAACUCGGAUUCCAAGUAAUGGCCGGGGCGCGCCAGCGCGAUAUCGCCUCGCGCAACGCCCUGGCCAAACAGGCCGGGAACGCGGCGAUCCUGAGCCAAGGCAAUAGUCGGUGGACAGGGCUGGAUGCGUUGACGGGUGGGUUAUCGGAGGAGGAGUUGCGGAGGGAGAUUGAAUGUCCGUUCCGAGUGGUGGUUCCGACGGUGCAUGUUUAUGGUUCCAAGGAUCCGCGGUACUCGGCGGGGGUCCACUUGUCUGCGAUCUGCGAGCCGGAGAAGAGGAGGUCGUUUGAUCACGAGGGGGGACAUGAGAUCCCUCGUAAUACGCGCGUUAGUGACUCGAUCGCUGAGUUGGUGCAGUGGGUUCUGGGCCAGAGUGCCUGA